GGUGAUAAGAGGUGAAGUGAGGGUCGUGAGGACGUCCGCACCCCCGGCUGGGGCGGAGUUGGGGCUCCCCGCGGGGUCGUAGGGAAGCGACUCUUCAACUUUAUCUGGGCUCCCAGAGGGGGACUCAUCCGCGACGUCCCGCGUCCUAUAUGGGGUGUGGAUGAUUUUGCACGCGUGAUGACGCUGCUGUGGCCCCAGAGGCCCACCGUGUCUCUGUCUGCAGAAAACGCGCCCUUCCCUCCAUGCCCUCCCCACCUGUCAACAUGCCACCCCCACUUUGUCCUUUUCUAACGCAGCCUUCAUUUUAUUUGGUGUCCACCCAUCUGGAAGGGGCCUGUUAGGAAGUUCUGGUGUCCUUCCAUCAUGGUGGUUGGAGUUCCCCGAGGCUCAGAUUGAAUUAUCUUGAAAUAAGAUGAAGUUUCAGUCACUUCCCUCCCCCCACCUCAGGGAAUUAAGAUCCUGUGUCGCAAGCCUGUUUUUUGUUUGUUUUUUUUUUGUUGUUGUUGUUCUUUAUCAUCCGAGAAUCAUUUCUGAUUACUGGAGUUUUCUUAGUUGCUCCUGUAUUUUGUCUUGCAUGAAUGCCAUUGUACAUCAUGCACUCAGAACGAGUUUUUAAGCUUAUUUUAUGUUUUGCAAUUUUUAAUGUCAGGCUUUCUUUGCUCAGGACCAUAGUAUGAUCCUGCCCAGGACUAUGAUCAGACUGAGUUAUGUGUUUUUCCGUAGGAGUAUGUUUUUUCUUCUCUGGUCUGUGCGAGGUAAAGCAAGUGUAUUCCGCGGCUAUCUACGCAGUGUUGCAGAAUAUGCCACAGAAGGUGUCUCCACGUGGCCUUCCCUGCCCUCAUUUUUGCACCCUCAUCUCAGAUGUCUUCUGGGGGAAAUUGUUUCCAGACUGUGAGCCAAUGCGAUGAGGGAGGGCUGCUACUGGGAGAGCUGGCAGGGCCUGACUCCUGGGAGGGAGGAAGAAUUUUGGGACCUGGGGAUCAGCCUUUGACCGAAGACUGCGAUUCGGGGCAGCAGGUGGAGCAGAUCCAGAGGACACGCUUCAGGGCAGCUCGGGCGGCGGGUUCUGAGGCUGGAGAGUGAUGGAGGCCCCGCUGACCUUCGCCGAUGUGGCCGUGGGCUUCACCCCGGAGGAGUGGCGGCUCCUGGCCCCCGCGCAGAAGGCCCUGUACCGGGAGGUGAUGCUGGAGACCUACAGCCACCUGGUGUCCGUGGGUUACCAAGCCCGCCAGCCUGAUACGUUCUCUAGGGUGGAAGGGGGAGAGCGCCCGUGGACAUGGGAAGGAGAAACGCAGGGCAGCACCUGCUCAGAUAUCUCAAAAAUCGAUGAUCACCUGCCAGAGCACGUAGUAAAGGAGAGCAUGGAAAACAGUUUAGAGCCAUGGCAGGAACAUAGCACAUUUGAAAAUACUAUUCAUCGGAGCAGAAAUCACUUUGUGUUUAGGGAAAACCAUGAUCUGUUUGACUUACAUAGAAAAAGUACGAAAGCAGAUUUAACUUCAGUUAAACAGAGCAAAAACUGUGAAAUAAAGAAUGCUACUCAGCUUACUGGAGAUAGGGAGUCCUUUCUCCUUGCUAACCAUGAACAGUGUCAGCCUGAAAUUAACCUCCCUGGAAGCCAAAAACUCAUCGGCACUAAAUUUCAAAUGUUCAAGCAUCAGGAAACUCAAAAAAUAAAGAAACCUCAUAUAUGCAGGGAAUGUGGGAAAGCCUUCAUAAAGAAGUCUUGGCUUACUGAUCACCAAAUCAUUCACACAGGAGAGAAACCCCAUCGAUGCAGUGUGUGUGGGAAAGCAUUCUCCAGAAAGUUCAUGCUCACUGAACACCAGAGAACGCAUACUGGAGAAAAACCUUAUGAGUGUAGUGAAUGUGGUAAAGCCUUUCUCAAGAAAUCACGGCUCAAUAUACAUCAUAAAACACAUACAGGAGAGAAACCAUAUAUAUGUAGUGAAUGUGGGAAAAGCUUCAUCCAGAAGGGAAAUCUCAUUGUGCAUCAGCGGAUUCAUACAGGAGAGAAACCUUUUAUAUGUAGUGAAUGUGGAAAAGGCUUCAUCCAGAAGACAUGCCUCAUAGCACAUCAGAGAUUUCACACAGGGAAGACUCCUUUUGUGUGCAAUGUUUGUGGAAGAUCCUGUUCCCAGAAGUCAGGUCUCAUAAAACAUCAAAGAAUCCACACAGGAGAGAAACCCUAUGAAUGUAGCGAAUGUGGGAAGGCCUUCACCACAAAGCAAAAGCUCAUUGUCCAUCAAAGAAUGCAUACAGGAGAGAGACCCUAUAUCUGCAGUGAGUGUGGGAAAGCUUUUGCCUACAUGUCUUGCCUCGUGAAACAUAAGAGAGUACACACUAGAGAAAAGUGUGGCGAUUCAGUCAAGGUGGAAAAUCCUCCUACUGAGAGGCAUAACCCAGCCCAGAGCAGUGUUGUCCUGACAAAAAAAGCCCUUGUUAAUUCGGUGACUAUGCCAGUGUCUUCUGUGACCCCUGAGACAUCAAUAAACAUCACUGGGCUCCUGGCAGACAGGAAUGUGGUCCUAAUGAGACAGCCUGUGGCCAGCGGUGCACCCUCAGGAGACAUCAGUGGGUUUGCACAGGACAGAAACCAUACAAAUGCAGUGAAUGUGGUUGUGCCUUCAGUCAUCAAUUACAUCUUAUUUUAUGUCACAGAAAACCAGAGGGAAGAAACUCAGAGACCGCUGUGGUAGUGUUUACUGUAACUUCCUAGCUCAUAUUGCUGGAUACAUAUAAAAUCAGAGGCACUGCAUCUGGGAAACCUGCUCUUCUCAUCUCAUGAAUUAUAUACAUUGUUAAGAUAAUAGUUGAUGUUAAUCCAAAUAUGCACAGGCUUUGCUUUUGUGCCAAUUAAAUGAAGAAGCCUGAUUUCAUCUAUAUGCAGGAAAUAAGUAUGUGAAUUUUUAAAACAUACGAUGUAAUCAGUAUGAGGAAUGUUGGUUGAAUGCAAAACUACAUGUGGCUUAUAUUGCAGUUGUGUGAAGUAAGACAUGUUUAUAACAAUUCUGCUUUCCUGUACAAGGUGAAGUUUAACUGAAAACUGGAAUGUCUACCCUAGAACUAGGUAUUUAUAGUUUGCAAAGGGACUUAUGAAACAGCAGCCUUAGAUGGGUCACUCCAUAAUUUCCCAAGUAGUUGUCAGUUCCACCUUUGUGCCUGGUCCUGUUCAGGAACCCGAGACUCAGUGGGGAGCAGAACAAUAGGCCUGUGGUCCUGAGGAGAGAAGUGGGGUGGUUGGGUGUUCCAGUGAUCCAUUUACACCCCUGCUCAUGGAGUUUAGAAUGUAGCUGUCUUCACUAGGUGAAAUAGACACUUGCUUAGAUCGUUGUGUUGCUACAAGAGAAUCCCCUGGAAUGGGUGCUUUGUAAAAUCAAAAGUAUGUUAAUCUCGUUUUAGUCAGGGAGUCUAUAAAGCCCCAGCUGCUGAUGUUCAUUACAUCAGCUGAUGUUCAUUGUAUCUUGGUUCAUAAAAAACACCCACCCUCAUGUCCUCACCUGGGGAAAUGUCCAGGUUGCUCUCUGCUUUGUCUACCGUGAGGAAAAUACUCCCUUGUUGUGGGCUCCACCCUCAUGACAGUCACCUCCCUAAGGCCUCACCUCUUAAUGUCACAUUUGGAAUUGAGUUUAAAUAUAUGGAUUUGGAGGAAAAGAAACACUUCCUAGCAUAUACAAAAAAUUGCUUCAAGACUAAUGAGUACAUUGAGAGACAGGCAUGGAAAGGCAGGUCAAGAACACAUUGUCUCUCUCAAAAGUGUGUAAUUACACAUUUAACGGUAUAAAUUGGGCAGAGCAGGAAAGGAAUGAUAACAAAGGAGGACAAGAAUCUUAGUCUUUAUAAAUGGAGGGGAGCCGAGGAGAUGGCAGAUGAGACGACCCCCCCACCCCCAGGGGCUGGCUUUGAAUAAGACUUUGCGUUGUCUCCUGGCCUCUGGCCUCUCACUGACAGCUGCCAUCAUUUCAGAGACACCAGCUCCACUGGUAGCUGCUGAAUUAAAACAUCUGCUUUCUCUCUUUUUUUUUUCCAUUCUCCUGGGAGAGAGAAACUGGCCUGUCUCUAUCCAGAUUGUUUUUCCUCAUUUCUCUCCUACGGUUAAUCCUCUUGUCCAAGUCACCUGUCCAUGUCUUUCUCACAGAAAAAGUACUGGGAACUGGCCAUGCUGUGGCUGUCUCGGUUCAUCCUGAAACCACAGGUGAGGUAAUUCACAUCCACGGUAGAGCACUAUCCUAAGCCAAACACAGCAAUUCACACUGAGGGGCCUUCAGUGACCAAAACAGCUGAGAACAGCUUUGCUGGACCUUUCACUGUGGUGAGGGAGAGACAAAUGAAUUCUAAAUUGUUCUAGAAGAAAAAGCCUAGGAAUAGAUAAUGAUGUAUCAUGUUGUGUAAAUAGUAGUGGGGGAAUCAUGCUGUCCCAUCCAAGGCUAUUCUGGUCUGAAGAUCUGAACAAGAAUGAGGAACACUGGACUCUCCCACUUAAAUCAUCUGUCACCAGAGAACAUUCCACGGCUGUUUCCAAUGAUCUAUAGCGGCAUCCUGUCCCAAGUCUGAGAAACACCUGCAUGCAAAUUUCUGAGUCAAAUUUCUGAGACCUGCUGAUCCAGAAUCUGCACUGAAACCCAGGACACUGUAUUUUGGACCCAAGCCUGAAACCCACUUAUAUUUGAAAACCUUCGUCUGAAAUCCCCAUCAUCACACUCACUUUAAAGUAGAAUGACACAAGCAGAUCUCUCCCACAUGGACUCUGUCCCAAGGGACCCCACUGUGCAGGUCUCAUGUCUCCUAUUGUGUGUGUGUGUGUGUGUGUGCGCGCCCUGCUCUGGGUGGCCAAGUGAGCAGGUUGCUGGGGCUGGUCAGACCCCAGAUGGAUUGCCCUGGCUCUCUACGCCCUGGGGGCCACGUGCUAAAUCUACCAUUCAGAACUUGACGCCCCAGGACAAAGGGCCCAGCACACAUGUCAGGUGCUCCCACCCUCAGUUUCCUUAGGUUCCAAAUAGGGACCCUUCUCCCUCUGACUCCUUGUACCCUCAGUGACUCAGGGCUGAGGCAAACUUGGCAGUGGGCAGGAGUGGGUCUUGAGUCACAUGCCUGGUCGGAAACUCUGUGUUCUGGAUACACAGCUUUUAUUAGAUCAUGACUUAGGUGAUGAAUUUGUUGAGAAUCCUUUUUUCCCCAGGAUUGGUGGGUUCCUUGGCCCGUUAUGUCUCCUUUCCCUUUUGAUACAUUCCUCAUUGUACCAUUUUCAGAG